AUGCCUAGCCAGGGAGAAUUGGAGCUCGUUGCAGUACAAGAAGAAAGUGAAGAGGGCGACGGUGACUCGGCACUCGGAGACGGUGUACGGCUAUUAACGCAUGAAUCUAGUGCAAGCUCAACCGCAUCCAUUACAUCUAGUAUUCUUGAGUAUCGAAAGUUUCAGGGUCGAACCUUCCACAGUGAGAAGUACGAUACCGAGUAUUUCGCACCAAAUGAUGAGCAGCAGAGGGAGUCUAUUGAUAUCUCGCAUCAUUAUCUCCUACUCCUUCUCGACGGCAAGCUCUCGCUAGCGCAUUUGAACAACGAUCUGGAGGCUAGUCAUCAAAUCUGCUUCCACAGAUGUCUAGAACUAACAAAAGUCCUCGAUAUAGGAACCGGAACUGGCAUAUGGGCAAUUGAUUUUGCCGACCAAUACCCUAAUGCCGAGGUUAUCGGUACAGAUCUAUCUCCAAUCCAACCAAGUUGGGUACCACCAAACGUCAAGUUUGAUCUUGAGGAUGCAACCCGUGACUGGAGUUGGUCUGAGAACAGCUUCGACUUUGUCCAUAUGCGUUAUCUUAUUGGUGCGAUUUCUGAUUGGGGUGUACUAUUUAAGGAAGCGUUCCGUUGUUGUAAACCCGGCGGCUCAAUCGAAUCCGUCGAGCUUUUCAAAGAGGCUAGCAAAGCUUUCGGCCGCAGUUUCUGCGAGAUUGAAGGAGACGUGCAGCUGCUCGCUGCUGCUGGAUUUGUUGACCUUCAAGUUCCUGUUGGUGGGUGGGCUAAGGAUCCCAAGUUGCGUGAAGUCGGUCAGUUUCUUCGCGCAACGAUGGAAGCUGAUCUUGAGGGAUACACCCUCAUGGCGUGGCAACAGAUUCUAGGAUGGCCCAAGGAGGAUUAUCAACUGUUCGUAAUGAAUAUGCGAAAAUCCCUGAGGGACAAGAGAGUUCAUGGUUACAUACGUGUUCGAUUCAUAAACGCCCGCAAACUAGAAGUUGUUUAG